AACCGCACCGGUGGUGUUUGCUUCGGCAGUCGGCAGCUUUCUGAAAGAGUUUGGACAAGAUAGAACACACAGCACAGCUGUCAUAAUAUUAUUUUUUGUUGGAAUUUUCUCUUAGGGUUUUCACUACCCCAGCAGAAAUCAAAAUUCCUUCGAGUAGAUAAAAGCAAAAAAAGAUGCCCGGAACGGUGGAGAAAAUAGUUGCCGAUACCGACAAACACCUGAGCGAUAUUACGGCCAUCGUGUACUCGCAGGAACACAUUUUCACUUCCGGCGGAGAUGGGAAAGUUAAGGUAUGGACCAAAGAACUAUCACUUAAAAAAGAAGUGGCCGUUCACGAGGCCUGGAUCUACGCGAUGGCGGUGGACUCCCUGGGACGGAUAUACACAAGCAGCUGCGACGGUACGAUCCGCUGUCUGCUGAAUCCUCUUCAGUCGGACGACGUGAAGGAACUGCUCAAGUGUAGCGACGAAAUUGAGUCACUGUUCGUCGACACCAAGGAUAAUCUGUGGAGUGGAGACGACAAAGGAAUUGUUACUAUGUGGACGGACCACAAGAUCAAGUUCAAGUUCAAUCUGGUUGAGCAGGUACGCUCGCUGGCAAUUCAGAACAAUCUAAUAUACUCGAUACGAGAUAAUGAUCUGACGAUUACCGAGGUGCUAGAGGGUUCAUCCACUGGCCGAUAUAUAACAAAGGCUAGUGUUCCGGGGAAAAGUCCAGUUGCUCUGUGCGGUAGUUGUUCGAACAACGUCUAUAGUAAUGUAGCGAUCAUUACACGAGACGGCUUAGGAAUCACUUUCAUCAAGAAUAGUAGUAAGGAGCACUUUUCUGUGCAGUGGACCAAAGAAAAAGCACACGAUAUGAUUAUCAACUGCGUGCUGGGAGCAGAUGAUCGUCUGUAUACUGCCGGAUACGAUGGUAUCGUGAAACAAUGGACAAAUCUGGAGAAGGAUCCUAAACUAACGGAAGAAGUAAACCUCAAUAGUGGUUGUCUUAACGUUCUGUGUCUGGGAUCGGAACGAACCGUUGUUUACGUCGGCGGAAGUGAUGGACUGCUUAAGCUGGUGAGGUUUUCCGCCUAGAUCUUUUCUCCUGCGCCGUUAUGUGAAAAGUGCCAUCAAGAGAGCUUUCAUCAACUUUAUCCAAAGCGAAUAUUUUGGUUACGUGCUUGGCUGCGAAUGAGUCUUCUUCAAAGCUUUUGUAUCCUAGCUAUACGGUAAUAGCGUAUCAAAUAGACCAAAGUGGAUCAGGGAUGUUUCGCAGGAAUAUUUUUUUAGUCGAUCGGAUUUCGAACAAUGAUACGAAUAAAAGGUUCGAUACAUUUUUGA